AUGUCAGUUCUGUUGAUUCUGCUGCUCUCGAUGAGCAUUUCCGCGUCCGCAUUGCUCUCUUUGCCACGUAGCAACCGGUACGGAGUCAUCACGUGAGUUGCCGCGUCAUCCAACAACACUUUCAUUCUCUCGUUCAGAAGCUACGACGGUCCGUCGACGAAGGACGCGCUGAUCGUGGAGACGAAGCGCUACGACCGCAACUGCUUCUUCUCGCCCGUCCAGUGCAUGCUCACCUACAACGAUAACCUUCCGCUCGUCGUCACGCGGAAGGCGUCCGGAAGGAAACGCUUCGACCCGCUUCUCAUCGACUACGGUAGUCUACAGUAG